AUGCGCCGCCUCCACACCCUCUACGCCCUCUACGCCCUCUCCCUCCUCCCCACCACCUCCGCCUGGACCUUCGUCUGGCACAACGCGCAAAACAACUCCUUCGUCGAGAGCGGCUCCUCCAAUUACCCCUGCACGCAGGUCGCAAACCCCGAGGGCAUGGCCUUCGAGUACGACUCCGAGGAAGACCCCACCACUAUCUACCUGUACGGGAAUACCAACUGCGCCGGUACCCCUGGCGGCCAGGCGGACCAUUACCUCGCCAAAGCCGCGGGCAACUUUAUCGGGUCGUUUCGGAUUGUUGAUCGGACUAAGAGUACGACUGCGACGCCAACGUCGACGGUGACCACGGCUACGACAUCGAGUACUCCGUCUGCGACGACGGGGACUGGGUCGGCUGCGCAGACGACGGCUGCUGGCGUGGCGACGGCCGAGGGCGGGUCAGCGCUGUCCGGCGGUGCGAUUGCUGGGGUUGUGGUGGGUGUGGUCGCUGGUGUGGCUAUCAUCGCGGCGGUGGUUUUCUUCCUUGUACGACGACGGAGGAAGAGUGCUGCUGCUGCGGAGGCUGGACAAGCUGGGCUGGCAGAGUCGGGUGCGCCUACGCUUAUACAAAGUCCUGCGAUGCAGGGGUACAAGGAAGCGCUGAAAGAACCAGAACACCCGGUGGUUACGAAUCAGACUCAAUCCAAGCCACCGCAAGUGAUGGAAUUGGCGGGUGACUCUUUGGUCGAGAUGAGCGACAGUCACCGGGUGAACGAGCUUGAGGAUAGUAGUCGGCGGAUACACCAGUAG